AAACCACACGCUGUCAUAAGAGUAGGGGGGAAAGUGAGAGAGAGUACGAGAAUGUGCAGCGGAUAUAAACCGUAAAGGUUAAUUGGACAGGUGAGCGGGUGAGGAACACGAGACGGAGGCGGCUGGCUGCGGGAGAAUUUGAUCCUCGGACAGAUUGGAAACUCAAGCAUCGCACUCGUCGUAUAUAAGGCAGAGCCAGCUGUCGGCAGCCACCAAAGAGUCUUAUCUGCUGCUGCUGCUGCUUUUGGACCCGGACCGAGGCAACUGCGGACCAACAUGUCACUCACAUCCAUUCUUUCAGCUGACGACAUCCAAAAUGCCAUCAAGGACUGUGAAGCUCCGGACACUUUCUGCUACAAGAAAUUCUUUAAGCUGUGCGGCCUGUCCUCAAAGACACCCAAGGAGGUCAAAGAUGUGUUCCAGAUCCUCGACGAGGACAACAGCGGCUACAUCGAGCACUCUGAGCUCAAGUUUUUUCUGCAGCGGUUUAUCCCCAGUGCACGGACACUGACUGACGCAGAAACCAAGAGCUUCAUCUCAGCAGCUGAUGAUGACAGCGAUGGCAAAAUUGGAGUAGAGGAAUUCCAAUCCAUGGUCCUAUCCUGAGUUUUCAGAUGAAAAAAGUUCAAGGAUUCAGGUCCUUUGGUCACUUUCCCACAUCUGGAGUCUUCUGAUCCCAACUUCCACUUCCAGGGAUUAAAGAUGUUUUCUAUUAAUGUCUGUGUGCACAAAUUGUUUUAAAAACACCUUUUUUUUUAUUUUAAAGGCAUCACAACUUAAUGUGUCUUUUCACUAUGUUGGUCUGUGGUUUCUCGUCUGUAGCAUUCCUCCCCUGACAAUGAAUGUGGUAAAUAAACAUGUGGAAACACA